AUGGCUAAUGCGAUAAUUGAUGUCACAAAAAACGGCUUGUCGCAGUACCGCGCCGCCCAAAAGUAUGACAUACCUCAGCAGUCUAUUUCCGACAGACUCAAAGGCCAGGUAGCCCUGGCUGAUCAGAUCCAGCCUCGUCAACUAUUGAUGGGGCGCAACUGGGUCUCCAAAUUCAUCAAUCGCCAUCCGGACAUCAAGAACAAGCGUGGGAGACGUCAGGAAGCUAACCGAUUUAAUGCUUUUACGCCUCGGGCGGUUCACUGGUUCUUCGAUAUCAGGGAAAAGGAGUAUGGAUGGAUUAAACCAGAAAAUACCGUGAAUGUUGACGAAGGCGGUAUUAUGUCUGGCUUUGGUUUGGAUAGUCUUGUGGUUGGGAGUGCAGACCCAAAACGGAAGGCCCUUCUGAAAGGGCCACAGUCCCGCAACUGGACCUCAUUUAUUGAAGCUAUCACCGCGGACGGCCGUGCUCUUACCCCUGGCAUUAUUUUUAAGGGCAAAGAACUUCAGAAACAGUGGUUCUUGACGGAAUUCGGCAAAAUAGCCGACUGGCAUUACAUAACGUCGCCCAACGGGUGGACGGACAACCACAUUGCUAUUGAGUGGCUUGAGAGGAUGGACAUGGAAGUCAUGCAACGGAUGCAUGGAUGGCCACAUGCUUUUUGA